GUUGUUAGUCACCAGGUCCCAGCCAGUGGUUACCCACCAAUGCCCGAUGAUUACCGAGCAUCUCUGAUGGGGAGGAGGACUGUUUUGUUUACUAACAGUUCUCCCUGUCAGCUCGGGCACACUGCUCUGGAUGGCUAGCAGUGUAAUUACAGUGAAGCACACACACCUCCCCCUAGUAAAACACUCCCUGCACACAGUUAACCCUUUGAUCGCCCCUCAUGUUAACCCCUUCCUGCCCAGUGCCAUUAGUACAGUGUCAGUGCUUUUUUUUUUUUUUUUUAGCAAUGAUCACUGUAUUGGUGUCACUGUGUAUGUCAGUGACACCAAGUCAGUUGCCCCUGAGUGUCAGAAUGUCCGCCGCAGUCCCGCUAUAAGUUGC